UAAAUCGCCUAAAAACGGCGCUUGAGCGAAUUUCGUGAUUUUUCCUCGCCGUGGUCAUCGUUUUCGUCGUUGUGUGGUUUAGUUUUUGCUGGUUGCGGCUCUAUCCCUUUUUUGUCUACGGUGCGAUUAUAUUUUGACACACACGAUUCAUAUAAUUCACAUUCUCAUAGACACGCUAGAAAAACGCGCUGCACUUCAUUCUUGAUUCGGUUUUUAUCAGUGAAGUAUGCCUUCUGCUUCAAACAAACUGGAGAAACAAGCCUCCAUAGGCUCUGUGCAUGGUACUGGCGGUGGUAAUAAUGGUACUGGUAGCGGUGCCACAAAGAAGUCUCAAGAUGUGAUCAAUAGCAACUCCAACGCUGUGCCCGAGAAUAAUGCGAACAGCACAGUAUUGAACAAUAAUAUUGUCAACAGUACUACUAAUGAGGGUUCGGUUACCUCAACUAGCACCAAUACAAAAGGAGUUGCUACGAAUCCUGUGUUAGAAGCUAAUAUUCCAAUGAAACAAACGAUCACCACAAUUGACCAUAAGAUACGCAAUUUGGAGAAACGCAAGACUAAAUUGGAAUCAUAUCGUACCAUUCAAGCUUCUGGCAAGGAGUUGAGCUCCGACCAGAAGGCUGCUGUAGCAAAAUAUGACGCUGUUAUUGCUAUGUUGGAAUUCGCACGCGAUUUCUCCAAGCAAAUGUGGCAAUUUGUGAAAGAAGCUGAAAAGGAGCAAAGGAAACAAGCACGCAAGGAUCUGAUUACACGUGCCCUUGCUGAGACUGCCAAAAUCCGUGAAGCUUUAGUUAUCCAAAAUAUCAUCAAUUGCUUCGAAGAUGAGACCAUUCGUGCCGACUUUGUAAACGGAGCCAAUGGCGCAUUGAAAUUGGAAACUGCCGAUAUCACCAUUUUGGAUAAAUUUUGUUGCGAUGUACGUACGACCCGUCCCGAGACUGUAGAUGAUGUACCAUUCGUGACUGCCGCACAAAAAGCGGCCGAACUUUAUUCAAUGACCAUUGACGGACGCCCCAAGAUCUAUGCAGAAAACUUUACUUAUGAUCAGAUACGUUUAAUCUUCAAUAAAAUUCAGGAAUCUGGUUAUCUUGAUAAGAUCUAUAUGGCAACACCAGAGGCAGAGGUUGAGGUUAAGGAAGAGGAGGAAGUGUUUAGCAAUGCCGCCGACGGUGAAGAUGUGGCUAAUGCAGACGAGAUAUAUUUAGAGGAAGGAUUGGAGAAGUUAAACGUAUCAUCUAUUGAUGUAGAAGAUGAUUUGGAUGAGCAGAAUGCCAAUGCUGGUUUAAAUGAAGAUGCCGUUUUGCAAACAACAAUUGCAGGUAACGGUAAUGAUUUGGCACAGCAGCAACAACAACAACCAAACUUGCCCCAGCAAUUGGUGUCACAGCAAGCAACUAAGGAGCACCUUGAUGUACAACAACAGGUACAGGGCGGUAUUCAACCACCACAAACCCAACAGCAACAACCACUGAAUGCAGUUGUAAUACAACCAGCAAAUGCUGUAGCUGGCGCUGUGCCCCCCAAUUUUCCAGCACCACUACAAGGUACAGGCGCUGCACCAGUGCAUGUAGCCAUGUUCACGGCACAGCAAAUGCAAGGUGCACCACCACAGAUGCAACAGGUGCCACCAGGCAGUAUUAUCGGUGUACCACAGGUACCACCACAAAUGGUACCCAUUGCACAGGCGCCACCGCAGCAACAGCGUCAGUUGAUGACUAGCCCAGGCACACAAGCCGCCGCUGCGCAGUUACCCCAAGGUGCUAUACCCAUACAUGGAGCACCACAACCACCACCAGGUCAUUUCACACCAACAACAGUGCGCGCUGUAGAACAGGGGUUGUUCCCCCAUAAUCGCCAGCAAUUUAUACAACAACAAAUGCGUCCCGUAGCGGAGAUAAUUGGCAAUGGUAGUUUUUACUUUUUGCAAGAGAGCGAACUUGAUUCACCAGAAUUAGCUGGCAAUGCACCCAUUGGCAGUGUUGUGUUCGAACAGCAACAACAACAACCGCCACAACAAACACAGCAGCAGCCACCAAUUUCACAAGAUAGUCUCUCUCAAGCCCAACAACAGUUGCAACAACAAAAUAUUUUAGUACAUGGUGGUGAGUUGCAAGCAGCAGAGCUGCACAAAAACCAACAGCAACACCAUUUACAACAACAGCAGCAAAUCAUACAGCAGCAGCAGCAACAACAACAGCAGGCUCAGCAAUCACAACCGCAACAAACAAUUCCAACGCAAACAUUUACCAACCAAUCAUUCCCACCCAUGCAGGCGGCCGCAAGUGUGACAGCACCAACUAGUGCGAACAGCAGCAAUACGCCUACUAUUGCGAGCAACAACCCGAGCCCCAUGUUCCCACAACAACAGCAGCAACAAAAGCAUCCACAAUUGUUCUCGCCCGUCGGGGGUCCGGGCAUGCAGCCACAAGAUGCGGUCACAGCCCAUAAACAACAGUUAUUGCUUACCGAACAACAACAGCAACAACAACAAGCACCAAUUAUGAUAAUGGCGCGUAUGGCCGCACCGCAAGCACGUCUGGCUCAGCAAAAUGCACAACAACAACAACAACAAUUGCCACAAGUACCACAGCAAGCGCAACAGCCACAGCCAACAUUGGGUAUGCAACCAGGUGAUGUACGUGUUUCGGAUGUAACCGCCGCCGGUUAUUUGGGUUUCGAUAAUGGCGUCGUCGGCCUAGCUUACGAACAACAAAUGCAACAGCAACUAGCCGUGGUGGCUAAAGCCAGUGCAGCUGCCGCUGCCGCCGCUGCAGCAGCCGCAGCAGCAGAGGAGCUGAAAGUAAACGAAGACUUGGGCACACACAGCAAGUUCAAUGCCAGCGAAUCGGUGAUAGCCAACGAAUGGGAUGCUAUGUCCAAAGCCACUGCGGCCAGUGUACGUGCAGCUGCAAACAUCAGCAGCACUGCAGUCACCAAUGCCACAGCCACUGCUGCGCUUGCCAAUGCUUUGAAAUCCUCGAGUGGUGUCAGCAGUAGCAGCAGCGUUGCUGGCGCAAGCAACGUUUUGGAGCAGCCCACAAAAUGGAGUGCCGAGAUGAACGCGCUGUCAAACCCAUCGACCCCAAGUGGCAACAGCGACAACACGCCAGCGAUUGUACGCAAAAUCGAAUGGACGUCCAGCAACAGUAGCGGUGGUGCAGGUAGUGGCAGUGGCGCCGGACCCAGUGUUGGCGGUAGUGGUGGUGGCUACGGCGAUGGCAACCAAUCAUCGGGUAACGCUCAUGAAUCCAAUCAUUGGAAUUCAAAUCAACAGCAGGAUGGUGGUCACUAUAAUAACGGACGACAGUUUCAAAGACGACGCGGUCGCGGUAGUUAUGGCAAUUCGCAACAGAACGGCAGCGGUCGUGGCGGAAGUGGCAUCUAUUUCCGCAACAAUGAAAAUUCGUCGAGCGGUUCGUACUAUCAGAACGGUGGCGGCAAUGUGUACUCAAAUAAAGAUUCGGGCUCACGUUACGAAUCCGGUAACUAUCGUGGUCCGCGCGGCAGCGGCGGUGGCAAUGGCGGUGGUGGCACCGGUAACGGACGUGGCAAUGCGCCACCAUCACGCACGCUUGGUGGGCGCAAUGGCAGUGGCGGACAGUCGAACCCAUCGUCUGGCUCAUAUAUGAACCGCUCAUCGCAGCGUAUACCAAUGGGUUUGGAUAAUAAAAAUUGAUUGAAGUAGAUGCCAAGAAAGAAAGGAGUGUGUGGGUGUGAUGAAAUCGAAAUGAAGCAGCAUUGAAGCAGAAGGCAGAAUGAUGAGAACCACUUAAGAAUCGUGAAUAUAUAUAUACAUAUGUAUCUAUAUAUAUAUAUAUGAGAGUAACAAAACCAAGAAGCAAAAAACAUAAACACACGAAUAUAUAUACACAUACAUUUACAUAUACACACGGAAAAACCACAAAACAAAAUAUGUUAACCUUUAAUUAGUAGUGUGACGAAUGUCAAAACUCUGCAGUACACAUUGGCAACAGCGGCCACCCCAAAGCAACCGAAACUGCAACAAUUGAACGUAAACAAACACGCGCGCGCGUUAACAAUUAAUUUCGUAAACAAAACUACAAACAAAAAAAUCACAAAAAAAUGGGAGAAACAAGUGAAAGCAAAAACAAAACAAAGGAGAAGUACAGAAAGCGAAAAAAAGGAAAAAGAAUAUUAUAUUUAAAGAAACGCAAAGAAAACUUAUGCUAAUUUCAAUUACAGAAAUACUUAUUUAUGUUCAUUUUUUUUCUAAUAAAUAAAUAUUAUAAAUGUAUGUAAUUGCUCUUUCAUCAUGUAAGCCAGCAAACGAAAGUAUGAAUCACCAAGUUGAACAUAUGAAAUCAAUUAAAACAAAACGCAAAAAAAACAAAUGACACAAUUAUGCGAAAAAAAUCUCAAAUAUUGCGCGACGCACAACCAAAUUAAAUGGCAAGCAGCAUCAGCAACACAACGUAACAGCGCAACCCAGUUGGCAGCUGCUGUUGUAACAAGCUACGCAAUGCAAAAGUUACAGCAAUGAUAAUUUGUAAAAAAAAAAACAAGAAGAA